AUGUCGCCAGCUCAUGUUUCCUCACCAUUGACACUAUCUACGUCUCAACAGCAACAACCACAAACUCCUUCAACUCCAUCACAUCAUCUGAAUAGUAUUUUGAAUGAAACAGCUAAUUCUAAUGAUUCCUCAACACUAGCAGUUGCAGCCAAUGACAGCAAUAACAGUAAUAACAGUAGCAGUAAUAGUUCAACAAAUAGUAUUGUAAAUAAUCAACCAACGAUGCCAUUACAGAAUACAAUGAGACUCAUAUCCAUGACGCCAGUACUAGUUGAAGAUAUCCAUAGUCUAGGCCCGGUAUCACCUGUCCGGAACCAGCAGCAAAGUAACCAACAACAUAACCAGUCGAUAGAUAAGCAAACAACAGCAGAAGUAAAUAAAAUUGCAACUUCAAAGACAGCAUCACUAUCCAAGCCAAGUAUAAUACAAAGCACACAAUGUCGGAUUUACCCAGACAAGCAUUCAGUAAAACUGCGAGAAAAUUUACAAGAGCAAGCGCCAUGUAAAUGCCUUGUACCACCAUCGCAUGAUCCAAAAGCAAACAAAGAGAUACAAGAGUUCCAAAUCCCAGAAGCACAACGUCAGCGAAAUUUAAAACAUAUCGAAGAAAAUCCGAAAGUAUUUAGUCUACAGCGAUACACACAAGAUCGUGAAGAAUCACAAACUCAAAUACAAAAGGCACAACGACAACAACGUCCAAGAUAUAUCAAACAAAAUCCAGAAGUAUUUCAUCCAAUCCGAGUAAUACCAGAUCAAGUGCAAGCGCAUGAAAUACAACCACAGCAAGUUCCGCAACAUGUUACACCUAUCGAAGAAAACAAACCAGAAACUCUCAUGGCAGAUGAUUUGGAAACCAAGUUUAAGCGCACAGCCGCACGUGUGCAGCAACAACUAAAAAAAUUAGUAAAGAACAAACCACGCAGCCUUUACUUACCAAUCGCCAUGGAACAAACAGCCAAACAAGAUAAAAACAAGCUACGCAAAAACCAACCUGGUAAGAAAGAGCAAACCAUGGAAGAUGUCCAAAUACAACCAACAAUAAGACCAUCAGACCGGAAAAUGUUGCCGAAAGCCAUUGGGUGGCGAUGUAAAAAAACCCACCAGAACAACAGUGACACACAAUCACACCGAGAUCCAACACGUGCUCCAGCAGCCUCGACAACAGUAAAAAUAGAUAAUGAUGACCAGGAUGUACUACAGUGUACAUGGAACGAUGUGGUUGAUGAACAAAAUCGAUCGCCACCACCACCCGUGAUUGACGAGUUAUACAGUGAGUUAUUAAAGAAUGCAGCCGAAUCGCAACCAUCAGUAGCAGAUACAGUCAGAAAAUUGGUGGACAAAUAUCCACCAGAGGUGAGCCAAGCUAUUUGCGAUGCCCGCAGAAAACGUGGUGCAGGUAAAAGAAUUAAUUUCCAGCGUGUCGUCGAAGGCAAGGCGUACCAAGUGAAAAUCAGUCGGAAAGGCGUAAUAAAGGUUUGGGUGAAAUAA